AUGGGAGUGGUGUUACAGGACUGCCCGUCGGCCUGCACCCCGGACCUGGCCCCUGUGUGCGGCUCCGACGGCGUCACCUACCGAAACCUCUGCCUGCUGCGCAGGAAGGCCUGCCUGCACAGAGACCGCACGCGCCUCGCCCACCCUGGGGAGUGUGAGACGGGCGACCGGUGCGCGGCGCUAGAGUGCGGGCCGUGGUCGCGCUGCGAGCUCUCCGCCUCCGGACUGCCGACAUGCCGCUGCCUGCCGUGUCCACCCACACCCGCCCACGCCGCCCCCGUCUGCGGCUCCGACGGCGUCGACUACGCCUCCGAGUGCGAGCUGCGCGCCGCCGCCUGCCGCGACGGCGACCGAGACCUGACGCUGCGGUACAGGGGUCCCUGCGACCCGUGCGCUGAAGUGGAGUGCGAGGCGGGCGGCGUAUGCCAGCUGGACGAGGAUCGGCGGCCCACGUGUCGCUGCGAGGACACGUGUUCCAGCGGCGGCGGCCAUCAGGCACCCGUUUGCGCCUCUGACGGCCGCUCCUACCGCAGCGAGUGCGAGAUGCACCGGCACGCCUGCCUGCGGCGGCAGGCGCUGCGCAUCGUCUACCGCGGGGAGUGCAACUCAGGCAGCAACCCGUGCGCGGGCGUGGAGUGCGGGCCCGGCGCGCAGUGCAGCGUGGACUCCGGGGGCGCGGCGCGCUGCGACUGCGGGCCGCCGUGCGCGCCGGUGCUGCGGCCGGUGUGCGCGGCCGACGGCGGCGGCCACGACAGCGCCUGCCACCUGCGGCGCGCCGCCUGCCUGCGCGGGGUGCCCCCGCCGCGAGUGCUGCACGCGGGCCGCUGCCGCGACGCCGCCUGCCCCGCCUGCCCGCAGGCGCAGCUGUCGGCGCACCGCCUGCGCCCCGUCUGCGGCUCCGACCUCGUCUCCUACGGCAGCGAGUGCGAGCUGCGCCGCGCCGCCUGCGCCCUGCGCGCCGACAUACAGCUGCUGCACGACGGGCCCUGCGAUGGCUGUGAAAACCAGAUAUGUAAUAACCACGCAAUCUGCAAAGUCGACACCUCGGGAAAUCCACGCUGCGUAUGUCCAGAGCCCUGCGAACACGAGUCUGGCGAGGUGCGGCCGGUGUGCGGCUCCGACGGCAGUACGUACCCCAGCGCGUGCGAGAUGCGUCGCGCGGCCUGCCUACUCAACAGGAGCCUGCACGUCGCGCACGAGGGCGCCUGCGGUCUGUGCCCGCACAAGUGCUCCGAGGGCAGCUCGCCGGUUUGCGGCUCGGAUCGGCGGACGUACCGCAGCGAGUGCGAGCUGCGGCGAGCCUCGUGCCGCCUGCCCGCUGACAGCCCGCCCCUCGCCGUGCUGCACGCAGGGCCCUGCCUGGGCCUGCCGCUGGCGCCGCCGCCCCCAGGCAGCGAGCCCACGACGUCCUCGCCGGCCACCGGCGGCGGUGGCGCGUCGCCCGCGGCGGGGGACGGCUGCCGCGGGGUGCGCUGCGACCUGGGCGCCACCUGCGAGCUGGACGAGGAGCAGCGGCCGCGCUGCGCCUGCCGCUUCAGCUGCCCGCCGGCGCCCGCGGGCCCGCGCGACGGCUGGCUGUGCGCCUCGGACGGCGCGCUGCACCCCAGCCUCUGCCACCUGCGGCACGCCGGCUGCCUCGCCGGCGACGAGCUGCGCCUGCGGCCCAGGGAGCUCUGCGUCGGCAUGGAGGUGAAGCCGUGCGGCGGGGAGCGUCCGCUGGUCAGCGCCUCUAGCGGCGAGGAGCUGGACUGCGGCAGUGGGCCCAACCGCCAGGACUGCCCGCCGGGCUCCUACUGCCACCAGACGCCCGCCUUCGCCAAGUGCUGCAGCAAAAACGUCACAGCGGCGCUGAGGGGUUGUGAGGACGAGUUCUUCGGCUGCUGCCCAGACGGGAAGACAGCGGCCCAGGGACCGGACUACGCCGGCUGUCCUUCGCUGUGCGGCUGCAACAAGCUCGGUUCGGUGUCGGACGUGUGUGACGCCGAGACGGGCGCCUGCAGCUGCAGACCCGGCGUGGGAGGCGACAAGUGCGACCGCUGCCUGCACGGCUACUGGGGGCUGCCCAAGAUCUCGGAGGGACACGACGGCUGCAUCGCGUGCGACUGUUCGCCCCUGGGAGCCGUGCGAGAGGACUGCGAGCAGAUGACGGGCCGGUGCAUGUGCAAGCCAGGCGUGCAGGGCCAGAAGUGCACCAUCUGCACCGGCGUCAACCUGGUGCUCGCCGCCGAAGGCUGCGUCCCAGAGGAGGAGUCCGGGACGGAGCGCCCCGGCGCCGGCCGCUGGACGGUGCCUCGCCGCUUCACGCAGCCCGGCGACGACGAGGCGUGGCCCAUGUCCAAGUCGACGCGCCACCUGCUGGCGGGCGCGCCGCGCUACCACCUGCUGGCGCCCCUGGACAGGGGCGACGCGGGGGCGCGCCUCGUCACCGACGGCUCCGGCUACGGCAGGGGACUCCCGCAGCGCGCGCCCGAGGACGACGCCGGCGGCCGCAGGGCCAACGACAUGUACUACGCGGGCAUGUACCGGCCGACACCAGCCACGGUGCAGGCGCUGUCGCCGCUGCUGGGGGACCUCUGCUCCAGCGACGCCGACUGCGGGGUGCCGGGCAGCCGCUGCGACGCCGCCGCUUGCCGCUGCCGCCCCGGCCGCACGCCCUCGCACGACCGCCAGCACUGUCUGGCGUAUCACGUUCCUGCCUUUGACGGAAGCUCUUACGUACAGCUGAGGGGACUGAAAGCGUACCAUAAGCUCAGUAUCGAAGUAGAAUUCAUCACGUACGCCAGUGAAGGUAUCAUCUUGUACAGCCAGCAGAAAGAAGACGGUACUGGGGACUUCGUGUCGCUGGCCGUAGUUGACGGCCACGUGGAGUUCCGGUACAACCUGGGCAACGGUCCGGUGUGGCUGGCGUCUGGGCAGCGCGUGGCGCCGGGGCGCCUGCACCGCGUGACGGCGCGCCGCUACCACCGCGACGGCCAGCUGCGAGUCGACGGCGGGCCCGAGGUGGCCGGCCAGUCGCAGGGCCCGCUGCGCGCCCUCGACCUGCGCGGCGACGCCUACGUGGGCGCCCCGCCCACCAACGUCUCCAAGGUGUUCGAGAACGCGGGCGCGCAGCAGGGGCUGGUGGGGUGCGUGCAGCUGCUGCGGCUGGGCCAGGUGGCGGUGCGGCUGCACGAGGGCGACCCGCUGGUGGUGCGCUCGCACCGCGUCACCGAGUGCGGCCACAGCCCGUGCGGGCGCCUGCCCUGCCUCAACGGCGGCUCCUGCACGCCCACCGGCGCGGUCUCCUUCCACUGCGACUGUCAACCGGAGUAUACAGGUGCUUUCUGUGAAAGUCGAGUUAAUCCAUGCAGUUCCAGUCCCUGCGUGUCGGGUUCAACGUGUGAAGUCUUGCCGCACGGAGGUUUUAUGUGCAAAUGUGCUCCUGGCACGAAAGGGCUUUCUUGCCAAGACUCUGAUACGGAGCUUCAGGAUAUUUUUAUCCCGGAAUUCAACGGAGCAUCCCAUAUUGAACUACCACGUCUUGAAGGAGUCGGCAGAGCGUUUUCGUUGGAGCUGUGGUUUCUUUCACGGUCGUUGAACGGCCUGCUCCUCUACAAUGGACAACUAUCGAAUGGGAAAGGGGAUUACAUCUCCCUAAACCUCGUGAACGGGCACGUGCAGUUCUGUUACAACUUGGGCAGUGGUCCAGCAAACAUCACGUCAGCGGAGAGGAUCAGCCCCAACAGGUGGCACUCGGUGAAGGCGAGCCGGCUGGACCGCGACGGCACCCUCCAGCUGGACUCGGGGCCGGUGGCGGCCGGCCAGUCGGGGCCUGCCCUCACCGAACUCAACCUCGAGCUGCCGCUCUACAUCGGUGGUGCACCUCCAGGAAUGGAGGUGAGCCACUGCUCGAACGUGUCGUCCGGGCUGGAUGGCGCGGUGCAGCGGCUGGUGGUGAACGGGCAGUCGCUGGAGAACCUGGGCGAGGACAGACAGGGCGUGUUCCAAUGGCAGGGCCCGCCCUGUGGCAGCAGAGACCUCCCCAGCCCCUGUCUGCACGGCGGCGUCUGCCAGCCGCUGCUCAACGCCUACUCCUGCCGCUGCCCGCCGCACUUCACCGGCGCCCACUGCCAACACCCCAAUGUCGAUUCCUCUAGUAAUGGCAUGGCUGUUAAGUUCUCAGGGAAGACAUUCUUCAGAAUUCCAAAUAAGAUACUCAAAAGCACUAACAUUUCUCAAAGCACAAACUACACUGAUUUAAGUUCACGAGAAGAAGAUGAAGAAUAUGAAAUUUAUAAUGAUUAUGACACUCAAGGUGUGGAUGACAUGUAUGAUGAAGAUGACACAGAAUUCUUUGACAAAGGGAGGAAGGGUGAGCGAAUGAAUCGUUACGAAAUAGUCUUCCGAACAACAGAGCUCAAUGGUUUAUUGUUGUGGCUGGGUAAAGGGAGAAACAACAAAGGACAUCAUUUUGGAGUGACUGUAGCUGAUGGGUUCCCAGAAAUGAGGUUCAAUCUUGGCAAAAAGCAAGCUACUCUCCAAAUUUCUAAAUCAAAGGUUUAUGUCAGUGAUGGUGCCUGGCAUACACUCAUAGCCUACAGAAGACAAAGACAUGGCUUCCUUCAAGUCGAUGAUGAGAGUCCUAUCAGAGCACUGGCACUCUCUGGGCCUGUGAGACUUCACUCGAAUGGGUGGCUUUGGCUAGGUGGUGCUCCAGUCCUACCUUCUGGCUUGCCUACUGCAUACUACACUGGAUUUCAGGGCUGCAUACAGAAAGUUAAAAUUUCAAAGAAAGAAUUUGACUUGAUACAGCACACCAGACACCAGAAGACAGUGACAGAAUACUGCCAUGAAAAUGAUGUAUGAACUGCAUGAGUGAAAAGAAGAAUGAAAAGACAUCUGAAGAGAAGAGACCAAGGAAAACAAAAGAAAAUGAAAAUACCUUGAGUGUUAAAUCAUUUGUACCACACAGAGAAGGAAAUUAUGAAAUACCCGCUCAAAGAGUCUUUUAUUUUGUUUUUGUGUUGUUUUGUAAUAAGUGAAUCUCUUAACACAAUAAGACAAAUUUCAUACAUUUUAGUAUGAAUAUGAAGCAACCACAGAAGUGAUAUUUUAGUUUUUUAUGUGACAGUUUUUGAAGGCAGUGUGCAACUGACAGUUUAUAUAUUUAUGAGAUCUGGUUAUUUCAUUGCUUACUAUCUGUAACCUAAUCAGACUGGUUUUGACUCUCCAGCAAUAAGAGGACAUUUAAGGAUACUCCUAACAAAUUAAUAAUUAACUGAAGUUAUGGUGCUUUUCUGUUCGUUUGACAGAUUUACUGCCAUGCAACUGUGUCUAAAUCAGGGUCACAGUCUUGACUGAUACAUUUUAUGUCAUAUUUUUUUAAAAAUAAAAUGGAUGAAUUUGAUGGUAACAGUCCAUAAGUCUUUAAGAAAGAGUGCUAUUUGUUUUGUAGUAAAAUGGAAGUGUGUGACAGAUGCUAAAAUUAUAUAUACAUAUACAUAUUCCAAGUUAUAUUUUAUAAUAUACAGAAUGAAAAUUGUGAAUUUUAAAGGUUCAUUUCUAUUUUGA